UCCCUCUCCCACCGUGGUCCUCUCUCCCUCUCCUCCCUUCAGCACACGCCCGCUUCCGACCGACGACCCGAGGAACCAUCACCAACGAGCCCGACCACCAAAAAGGGUAUUCAGUGAUGAGAAUCAGUAAAACGGAAGUGAACUUGAGGAGGUUGCUUGCAGCUGCACCUCAGCAGCAAAAGCAGGCAAAACUUGUGCAUUAUGUUGCUACAUUACGAGAACAAUUAGAACAACUGGCUGAAGAGAGGACUCCUGAAGGCUUACCAAGGGUUUCAAAGGCUAUGUUGAAUGAUUAUUCGGAGAAGAUUGAAUCAAUCGCUUCCAAAUUAGCUGCUCCACUGAUUACUAAGCAUGAUACACCAGUAUCUGAGGAGCCCUUUGCAAAGACUGCCAUAAAUGAAAGCCCUUCUAAAACAGGAGCAGAAAAUCAUGUUCUCCCUACUCCUGGACUAAGAAAAAGAUUUGCGCCUGCAUCAAACAGUCAGGAUAGAAGAAUUCCUGACAGUACUGAACCUGCUUCAUCGACACCUAUCAAACUCGAUGCUGAAGCACAAGCACACAUUGAAAAGCACAGAAACCUUCAAGAGGACUUGACUGAUGACAUGGUUGGGUUGGCACAGCAACUUAAGGAGCAUAGUCUGAUGAUAAGCCAGUCCCUGCAAAACACUGAAAAG